AUGGUAUUAUUUUAUCCUGAAAUAGAUGCUCAAUGUAACAACAAUGGUUACUAUGAUGGCAUCAAAUGUAUCUGUGGAGAAAACUUCUAUGGAAGUCGUUGUGAAUUCAUUGUGAAUGAGAUCCGACCAGGUAAGCGAGUAGUUAGACUGGACAGAUAUUACAGUUAGAAUUAAUGGUAUCUUCACAUGAAUACAUCAGAUUUUAACAUAACUAAUUGUUGGGUCACAUAGGGUUAUUUUUGCUAUUGGAGUUAACUUAAUUACCACGACCUUUAAUGUAAAGCAUUUUUAUAUAAUUGACCAGAUAACAGCCUUGAGCACAGAGAACAAACUACAACCUGUUGAACUGACACUGAUAAGCAUAUCUUUAUGAUUUACACCAGUUUUACUACCUGCUAUUGUCACAUGUUUUCUCUUUACUCAUAUGUAGAAUAGAAAAAAAAAUACAAAUAUUUUGGAGAAUACCGUAAUAGUGAUGUCCCGAACUGUUAGCCGAACUGUUCGCGAACGGUUCGCCACGGUUCGCCACGAACGGUUCGCCACGGACUCCAGUCAGCAGACACAUUUCAGCCAAUCAGCAGCAGACCCUCCCUCCCAGACCCUCCCACCUCCUGGCUGGACCAGGAGGUGGGAGGGUCUGGGAGGGAGGGUCUGCUGCUGAUUGGCUGGAAUGUGUCUGCUGACUGGAGUCCGUGGCGAACCGUUAGCGGCGAACCAAGGUGAACCAUUCGGCGAACAGUUCGGGACAUCACUAUACCGUAAUAACCAUAACAACAAUAUUAUAGAAGGGCUUGAUGUGCCUAUAUUCACAGAACGGCAUAUUGCAAUUAUUUGGGAAAGAGCAAAACAACUAUUAUAUAUUUAUUUGUUAAAGGAACACUAAAGGGUCAGAAACACAAAGAUAUUUUCCUAACCCUAAAGUAUUAAAAUCACUGUCUAACCCCCAUGCACUCCCCUCCUGCCUUGCCUCCCUAACUAUUAUAAAAUAUUAACUUUAUUCCAGUCUGCUGGUGUUGGCUUUGCCCAUGAUUAGUCUCCUUGUCUGACAUCAUCAGAAGUGAUAAUCUGAGCCAACCACAAUGCUUUCCCUAAGGGAAAGCACUGGAUUGGUUGAGCUUGUCAAUUCUGAUAAUCUCAGCCAAGGAGGUGGGGUUGGGGGCAGAGCCAAACUAUGCCAUGGCCAAUCAGCAUCUCCUCAUAGAGAUGCAUUGAAUUAAUGCACAUCUAUGUGGAAAGUUCAGUGUCUGCAUGCAGAGGGUAGAGACACUGAAUAUCAGCGACACUGUGCAGCACUGUCCUAGGAAGAACUUCCAGUGUACGUGUUAUUAGAUAAGCGUGCAUUGUGAUGUGAGCACGGCUCUCUGCAUGUUUCGCACUGAGUGAGUCCAGUUAGAAGGCUGUCAGUCAGCCUGGCAUGUAUUCACAUAAAACUGACAUGCUCCUUUGGUGUGUCACCAGUGACAAAAGUGGCUUAUAUGGCAUGCCCCUUUAAGACUGUCCUUCCCCUGAUUGCAUGCCUUACAAUGUUGGGGGGUUGUUUCUCUGUAAGUUUGAUGUUAUGUGUGUAGCUAAAUACAGAGUUAAUGAUUACGGAGUGCAAUGUGUGCUUUUAUUGAUUAUUGCUGGCUAAAGCAAUUAUAGACUCUCACAUAUCAGCGUUUUAUCCUAGUGCAGAUAUCCUAGUGCAGAUAUCUAUGAAUUGACAUAUUAAAGUGAAAAGUGUAAUGGAUCUUUACUGUUUAUGAAAUUACAGAUAAACUCAGAACUGCAGUAAAUAUCACGGUAAAAGUGUGGAAUGAGAAAUUCAGCCAGGACUUGGGGAAAAAAUCAUCAGAAACUUAUGUGAAAUUUGAAAGAAGGUUUAAGCAGCAGGUACGUGAUUUGAGAUCGAGGUUAUUAAUAGCCUCAUUAAUAUUCCUAUAUUAUCUGACUGUGGAGUAGUUAAGAAACAAAUCACCAAUAAAACACACUCAAGUGUGUAAAACAGGGAGUUUCCUGCCAGGCUGCAAUAGCUGUCAACAUUAUAAAAUGUGGGGAUUCCCUAGUUCUGAAAUGAGAAUGUCAAUAACACUGUGAAGGUAGUUAAAAGCAAAAUACACAAAUAUAAGUCCUGCGCUCAGACUCCCAAUACUCCUGGGCAGCAGCAACGACCAUAGUACACACCAGCCCCAGUAUAUACAAUAAAAACACAGGUAAUUUUUUUCUUUGGUUUUAAUCCUUAAAAAAUAGUUCCUAAAUCACCAGUGUAUAGUAAUAUAUAUUUUACGAAUGAUCCAGUUGGACCAGUUCCUGCCAUUGACCACCCACUUAUGGUACAGAGAAGGACCUAUUCAGGGCUAUUCAUUAAAUUGAGAAUUUUUGGAAAUUCCAAGUAAAUUUCAAAUUACAGACCAAGGCAUCCAGACUGGUAGCAUAGCUGAUUUAUUUUCCAAAUUGGCUAAAUCUGAAGUUCACGUUGAGUCCUCUUUGAAUUGGGAGGUUAGAGAAAGUUCUGGGGUGUACAGCUGCUCCAUAGCUUUCAAAUAGUUUUAUAAUACACCUUUGAACUAUAUGUGUCCAUAGCAGCUUUAUCUGUACGUUUGAUCCAUUUCUGAACUCCAGUGUUAAUGUCAAUGGCUGAGAUAACUGUAUGUCAGUUACGGUAGAAACUCACCCAUGUGAUUAUUCUUCUUUGCUCUGUCCUGCAGAUGGCCCUUGUGUACACAAAGGAAAAGAUUCCCAGCUUCGAAGGUUUAGAAAUAAUAUCUAUCAGGUAAAGUCCAGAGUGUUUAACCUCAGCCAUGAUGCUUUUAGAUUCCAUUUAGAAGUAAACAGGUAGUUAUUUGGCUUGUGCAUGGUGAAAAAAAUGUGUUUUGUCUGAAUCGAUUUAUCUGGAUUUUUCUUUUUUGAUGAGCCGAGUUUUAUUCUUGUGAUGUUUUAAGUUGGGAGGAAUUUUGUUUAUGUAAUUAUUUCUGGUGUUUUUUUCAGUGGAUUACAAAAUAUAACUAUUAUGUGUAUGUUGUAUAGCACAUGGGCAAAUUUUUCAGCUAUUCGGUUCUAGAUCAAGUGAAAUAAAAUAACUUCCAAAUUGCAAAACAAUGAAACCAACUUUAUCAUUGUCUAUUUCAUUUGUUUUGUGAUUCAUUGUUUAGCGUUUCAGAAUUCAGAGUUUCGACCCUACAAGAACCUACAAUCACCCAAAAUUCAGACGAAUCACAAUUCGUAUGAAACAACGCACAAGUGUCGUAGUUAUGUGUAACAUCAUUAAGGGCUAUUAUAAUGAAUGAAUAUACAUUCUUCAAGAACCUUUAAUGCCAGUCCCACAUGCUCACUGAUUUUAAGUAGUUAGUCAAUUUGUUAUUUCAGUAGCUCGUUGGGAUCGGACUGAGGUGAGUGAAGAAAAAAAAUGGAUUCAAGGAACGGUAAAAUACAGUAAACACAACCCACUCAAGAGGCUUAGGCAUGAAAGAUAGUAAGGAAAAAGGGUCGAAAUUGGAGUUUGGGUCAAGACAAUGCUUUUUUAGGACUGGAAUUAUGGUUGAAUAUUGAGAAGGAGUAAGAGACAGCAGAGGAGUGAGAUCGAAUAUUUUAGUUAGAAGCAAGUGAAUGGGUAAGAUGAUGGAAUUGGGUUGUGAGAAUAAGGGAUAGUGUGGGAGGACAGAAGAAGAGUUAAGAAUCUUUCUUGUGUAGUGUAUAUGGGAGACCUCUAGAAAGAGUAAAACAUAAGGUAGAGCUUAAGUUAUUAUUAUUAUUACUAUUAUUAUUAUAAUCAUUAUUUUGAUAUAUAAAAGUGGCAAUAUAUGCAGCAGCACUCUGCCAUACAGAAACUAUAAAUAAAGCAUUUUAUAUUUGAAUAGUAAUAACAGAUGAUCCAAAAUGGUGGUGACCUGACGAAAGUGUUUAAAGGACACUCACUGUGUCCAGUUAAAGUGUUUGUGAUUUUGUCCCGUGCAUACAACAUAUUUCAGUGCAUUAUAUAGCUGUUCUUCACUAACUGGUGACAAUCACCAUGUACUAAAUAUUCGAGUGUAACAGUUUUUCUUUUCUUUCUCUAGCAAUGGAAGUAUUGUUAUUCAGCACAUGGUUUUACUGGACACUUAUGCAGAAGAAUAUGACUCUAUUGUAAAUGAAAUUGCUACAAUAUUAAAAAACACUAAUUGUACGAGCUACAUAAAUGCAG